CGACACCAAGUUCCUUCGUUAAUCGUUACCGCGUAAAUUAACGGAGCUCCAACUUGCCUCCAUUAAUGCAAUGCAAUCAUAUUCCAUCAAUACACAGAACAUAACAUAGCAGAAACAAAGAAAGAAUCUCUCUCUCUCUCUCUCUCUCUCUCUCUCUCUAAAUGGGUUCUCUACCGGCAUUUCCAAACGACCAUUCUCCCAAACAAACCAUCAACGGUCUAAUUGACGAAACUACCCUCAUCGAUCUCUUCAAAUCUCAACAAAACCACCUCAACUUCUUCUUCGACCGCAUCGACCAUUCCCAAACCCUAGCAUUCACACGCGCUCUCCUCAACUCCACCGGCACCGUUUUCUUCACCGGAGUCGGCAAAUCCGGCUUCGUCGCUCACAAAAUCUCUCAAACACUCGUCUCUCUCGGCAUCCGUUCAUCUUUCCUCUCCCCCGUCGACGCUCUCCACGGCGAUAUCGGAAUCCUCAGUGAUCGCGAUGUACUCGUUCUCCUCAGCAAAUCUGGCGCCACCGAGGAGCUUCUGCGUCUUGUUCCAUGCGCUAGAGCUAAAGGUGCGAUGCUUAUCGCUGUUACCUCCGUUGAAGGUAACGCACUUUCGACGGUGUGUGAUAUGACCGUGCAUUUGCCGUUGGAGAGAGAGCUUUGUCCUUUUAACCUUGCGCCGGUUACUUCUACUGCGAUUCAAAUGGUUUUUGGUGAUACCGUUGCAAUUGCGCUCAUGGCUGCACGGAAUCUCACUAAGGAUGAAUACGCCGCUAAUCAUCCCGCCGGUAAAAUCGGAAAGAGCCUCAUCUUUAAGGUAAGAGAUGUGAUGAAGAAGGAUGAGGAGCUUCCAAUUUGUAAGGAAUCUGAUUUGAUUAUGGAUCAGCUUGUGGAGCUGACAAGUAAAGGAUGUGGAUGCUUGCUUGUUAUAGACGGUGAUCGCCGUCUGAUUGGGACAUUUACCGAUGGUGAUCUGCGUCGUACUCUCAAAGCUAGUGGUGAAGCAAUUUUCAAACUCACUGUAGGGAAAAUGUGCAACAGGAAUCCGAGAACUAUUGGUCCAGAGGCUAUGGCAGUGGAUGCCAUGAAGAAGAUGGAAGCACCUCCAUCACCAGUCCAAUUUUUGCCUGUGAUAGAUGAUGACAAUGUCGUGAUUGGGAUUGUCACGUUACAUGGUUUGGUUUCAGCUGGGUUAUGAUUAUGUGAGAUUAAUCACAGAGCCUGUUUCGCUAUUCGUUCAUUGAAUUAUUCUUUCUAGUUCUAGCUAUUGCAUUUGAAUCCGCCCAAUUCCAAGUGGGAAUUUGGUGUUCUUCUGUAACUCUAUUACAUGAGGAUUCAAUCGGAUUUUUUUCAACUCAAUUUUCAUCCAAAAGGGUGCAAAUUAUUUGAUGAAAACAACUUCGCCCACACUCCCUACGUAUAUUUAUGGACAGGACAAACACCGUAUUUUUGUCCAGAAAUACAUAUCUAGACAGCACAAACACUGGUUUUUUGUGGAUGUGUACAUUCAAAAGUAUUUUUGGUGGGAAAAGUUCCUCCCUUGUUUGAUAAUAUGUUGGACCUACUCACCUCAUGGACCUGGCUUUGUACCUCUAUAUCCGUGUCUAUUGUUGUUGUACUUUCAGGAAGUAAAAUAUUGCUGUAACCGAAGAUUUUUGUAUAUUAUCAAUUUAUGGUUGUAUAUUAUUCUUAA